GCUUGGAAAAAGUUUCUGUUCCUGAAAGUUGGUCACAUCUACUUCGCUUGUUUACUUAAAAACAGCAGAACUACACGCCCACAAAACAAGCACGACCCUCAGCAGCAGCAGCAGCAGCAGCACCAUGCUGGGCAAGUUUGGCAUGAACGAGCUGGACAAGUUGACGCUCAGGAGGAAUUCUGUCCAGCUCUGUAAAGAGAUGGUGGUGAACGAGCUGCUCGUUCAUUGUUUACAGCAGCGGGACACCCUCACCGAGAACAUGGCCGAAAGCAUCCUGGUGGAGUCCACGUCCGAGAAGCGGAGCAGCCGCCUGCUGUUUCUCCUCCCCAAGCGUGGCCCCCAGGCCUUCGGCGCUUUCUGCGAGGCCCUCCAGGAGACGGAACAGAAGCACCUCUACGACCAGCUCGUUCUCUUCAGAGAGCACGAGAGGCUGCGUACACACAGCGAGGGCGACGUCUCGUUCACACGGGACAGCUCACCCGCUAAGAUCAAGAGAACCCAGGAGAGGUUUCCAGACCCGGCGCUUCCUCUUUCGACUCAGGAGAAUGCCAUGCUUGCCAAAAGAUCUCGCACCCAGGAGUCGAUGGAGAUGUGCUUGGACGCGGACAGUCCGGUGACCACUGCGGUGCUUCCCUGCACAGAGGACUUCUACCUGUCUCACCUUGCACAGGCGUACCCGAUGAGCUCCAGUCCCCGCGGCCUGGCGCUGGUGCUGAGUAACGUCCACUUCGACCCCGAGCUGACGGAGCUGGACACGCGGAGGGGGGGCGAGGUGGACGAGGAGGUGCUGAGGAGACUCUUCACAGAGCUGGACUUCACGGUUUCUCUGCACAAGGACCUCUCUGCACAGGCCAUGAGGACGUGUAUAGAGCAGUUCGUCCAGCGGUCAGAGCACGCCGGGUUCGACUGCUGCGCCGUGAGUUUGCUCUCUCAUGGAGUGGAGGGUUCCAUCUACGGUGUGGACGGAAAUCUGCUGGAGUUGGAGUGGGUGUUCGAGAUGUUCGAUAACUCCCGCUGCGCCCUGCUCCAGAACAAGCCCAAGAUGUUCUUCGUCCAGGCCUGUAGAGGAGAGGACAUGGACUGCGGCGUGGACCAGCUGGACGGCGACGACGUGACGCAGGGGGACGCCGGGAGAGAGGACAACGGCCAGAUACAGAACAGAGCCAGCGAGGAGGGAGAGCGGCUGAUGGUGAAGCUGCCCCAGAGAUCCGACAUGAUCUGCGGAUUCGCCACGCUCAAAGGUUUCAGCACCGCCGCCAUGAGGAACACAAAGAAAGGUUCCUGGUUCAUCCAGGAGCUCAACACAGCCAUGAGACAGAGAGCCAGAGACACACACCUGUCGGACAUCCUCGUCCAGGUGAACAGCCGGAUCAAGGAGAGAGAGGGCCACGCCCCGGGCUCGGCCCACCACCGCUGUAAGGAGAUGUCCGAGUUCACCAGCUCGCUCUGUAAAGAUUUCUACCUCUUCCCCAAGUACUCGCCCAAUAACUGAACACACACACACACACACACACACACACACGCCAAGCUGUAAAUAUUAUUAUUCCUACCUGAUUGUUUGUUUCUGUCACAUGGGCCAAUUAUUUUCCACUUUUAUAACCCAAAGUAUUUUUUAACACGCGUCUUAUACCUGAAUAUCAUUACUUAUUUUAUAUAUCUAUGUAUUAAAUAUAUAUAUAUACGUUUAUUAUAUAUGUUUGUCAGCUUACGCCAAAAUAACAAACACAGUAUAUAUCUUUAAUGCUUCUUUAAUCUACUGUCAUCUACUUUUAUUCCACGUGUCUGUUUUGCCUCUUAAAACUGUAUUUUUGUGGGUUUUAUAGGAACGUUGAACCUCUUGUGUAGCUUUUAUCUUUUGUAGUAGAUUUUUAUUUUUGUUUUUAACCUAAUUCUUCUCCGUUUCCAUCCACAACAUUCCACACGGGGGGGUGAAAGCGAUUUCUGUUAGUCGUUCUGUUCAAUGAUUCUAAAAUACUGACCCUGGACGGUAGAGGAAUACCCAGUGUGUGCCGGGGAAGGCGAUAACGGGAGCGUAAGAAAUCCCACAUCAAAUGGGGCCCGGGUGGCUGUGCUACCAGGGUGUGAUUACUUACGACCGCUGCAGUUACGACCUCUGCUGGCGGAUCGAUGGUGCUGCACUCUCUGUGCGCGAUACGUACCUCCAGACGAUGGUGAUUGUUGUUACUGCACAUGUGACAAAGGGGCGUGUGUUAGUCUGGAGUAGAGGUCUGCAGCAGAAAUAAGAUCGGGGCAUUGGAUACGACUAAAUCCGACCAAUUCUAAAAUAUUGUGUGUGCCGGGGACGGCAAAAUAACCAGGGCGGUCAUAAUGGGAGCGUAAGAAACCCCAAAUCGAAUAGACGGGCGCCUACACUGAGGGUGGGAUUACUAUCGGGAUUACUUAUGACUGCUGCAGUUACGACCUCUGCUGGCUGGUCGAUGGUGCUGCACUCUCUGUGUGCGCGAUACGUACCUCCAAACGAUGGUGAUAAGCAGUCGGUACUGAGGUGGAAAUACGAUCUGGGAAUUGGAUAUGACUAAAUUGGGAGGACAAUCAGUUGAAUUAGGGAUUCAUAGCUGUUUGUCUAUUGCAAAAAGCACAAACUGGAACUGUGCUGUUGAUUUAACUGCCGCUCCUUUUUAGGUUCGAGUCUCGGUGCUAUCAGCCGGUCGGGCAUCUGCACAGACUUGAUCGGCUAGUGUUCUAAGGUGGGGUGGCCGAACAGCGUAGUCUUUUAGGGCAUCCGGUGUAAAAGCAGGUAUAUGUGCAGGAAAAUAUGAGUUGGCUUUAGUCCCCACAGUACUUGUACUAAAUCCUGAGUCAGUAAAAAUCACGCUGGUUUAGUCGCCCUACUAGUUAAUCUGUAGUAAACAUUUUAUUUUAUUAUUAUUUGUUAUUAUUUACUAUGUUAAGGUGCGCACUGUGCUUUUAAUUCCUGCAGAUCUUGCCAAUACGUGUGUUUGCGCUCCUUCCAUCCAUUCCACAGUUAAUGCAGUGCUUGCACUUCCACUCUGUCUCCUCUAGGUGGCAGUAAAGUAUCAGAGGUGGCGCUCACGUCCCUGUAUCACUAUUAAACGUUUAAAAUAAGUUGUUUGGUCAGUACAGGGCUGAUUCUAUAGUCUGUAGGUUCCCUCUUACUCAGUUUGUUUAUGCAUUUUUCUCACAAUUUAGUCAUAUCCGAUUACCCGAGUGUGUUUCACGCGAUCCUUCCGAGACGUGUGCAGUCUGGACCGCUCCUUUUCACCUGCACCGGGCGAUCCGUAUCCGGCGCUCCCACCCUGGGUAGAUCCGAUCGUUACCCGUAUAAGCACCCGAGAUUUAAUGCACCGGUCAUUUGCACUUUUCUGGCAUUACUAGCAGACUUGACCCGACCAUAACUAAAUUUUACAGUACUGUACAGUAAGAUUUACGGUAUUGUGACAGUGACAACCUGGCAGUGGUGGGGCUGGAACCAGCGACCUUUCGAUUACUAGUCCAGUACCUUCACCACUAGGUUACACACACUUUUGUUUCCUUAUAUAUCGCAUACAGCAGCUCGGCUCUUGUAUGGCAGCUGUAGCCUAGUGGUUGAGGUACUGGACUAGUAAUCAGAAGGUCGCUGGUUCAAGCCCCACAUCUGCCAGGUGGCCACUGUUGGGCCCUUGAGCAAGGCCCUAAACCCUCAAUCGCUUAAACUGUAUACUGUCACUGUACUGUAAGUCGCUUUGGAUAAAUGUCGAAUAUGUAAUAUACCUGCAGCGGAAGACAAAUUGACUACGAUAAAAAUUGGGAGAAAAUAGAAGAAAAUGCAUCAAUAAAUAGUCAAAAAUCUAGAUCUAGAUGUGUGAUUGACCCUAAACACGAGGACGUCCUGUUCCACCGUGUGCCAAACGUGGUCACUACCACGAUCUGAUAAACGUGCUUCCUUUUACAGCUUAAUAAUAAUAAUAAAUGAUGUUCCAAUGAAGUUGCACAUUCUCAAUAAGAGUAACGUUUCAUUCCAUGUCUUUUAUUCCAUUUUGUGCCAAAUAAACCAACCUGGUGCCCAAAAGCAUCUGUGUUAAUAAAGGAAAUGAUUAUCUAUAUCCGUAUGUGUUAGUGUUAGUGUCGUCCUUACCCUUAGCCUAGUGGGUGGAGCUUUGGGCUGUCAAUCAGAAGAUUGUCGGUUCAAAUCCAGGCUCGAGCAAGGCUUUUAACCCCGUCUGCUUCCAAAACGAGCUGGGAUACACGCCGUAUUUCCUCUUACACCCCCGUCUGAGACCCCCUGACACGGGUUAUGACUUUAUUCUUACACGUUUAGCCAGAACGACCAAAGGUUUGUGUUUUUGCUGAUGGUAAAAAAAAAUCAGCUCCAUAUAGAAGCACUUUGUAGUUCUACAAUUACUGACUGUAGUCCAUCUGUUUCACCCUGUUCUUCAAUGGUCAGGACCCCCACAGAGCAGGUAUUAUUUAGGUGGUGGAUCAUUCUCAGCACUGUUAGUCUCACUGUGUUAGUGUGUGUUGUGCUGGUACGAGUGGAUCAGACACAGCGGCGCUGCUGGAGUUUUUAAACACCGUGUCCACUCACUGUCCACUCUAUUAGACGCUCCUACCUAGUCGGUCCACCUUGUAGAUGUAAAGUCAGAGACGAUCGCUCAUCUAUUGCUGCUGUUUGAGUCGGUCAUCUUCUAGACCUUCAUCAGUGGUCACAGGACGCCGCCCACGGUGCGCUGUCGGCUGGAUAUUUCUGGUUGGUGGACUAUUCUCAGUCCAGCAGUGACAGCGCUGCUGUGUCUGAUCCACUCAUACCAGCACAACACACACUAACACACCACCACCAUGUCAGUGUCAGUGCAGUGCUGAGAAUCAUCCACCACCUAAAUAAUACCUGCUCUGUGGUGGUCCUGUGAGACUACAGUCAGUAAUUGUAGAACUACAAAGUGCUUCUAUAUGGUAAGUGGAGCUGAUAACAUGGACAGUGAGUGUAGAAACAAGUAGGUGGUUUUAAUGUUAUGGCUGAUCGGUGUAUUUCUGGUGAACUGAUGGUAGGAGCUUCAUCACCUGGAUCUGCAGCUUUCUUGUUGACUUUUGCACUUUUGUGAUGCGCAGUAGAUUUAAUGGUCAGUACUUUGCACUCCUUCGUAUAAAAGUAAACAGCCGGGCUACUAAUAGAGAUGCUGAUAAUCUAUAAUCGAUAAAUAAACUCCCCUGGACGAAGUACUGGAUCAGAUAACAGUGCAUGUAAACUCUUCACAUUGUGCAGCUAUUCACAACCUCCUUUUAUUUUAUAUAUUUUUUAUUGGUGAUUUUUUUUAUUGUACAAUUUGAAAAAAAUCUGACUUGUGAAUAAAACUGCACGACUGCAGGACCACACCCAUCUUAUUUCUGCUCUCUGAUGAUCCACCGAGUGGUGAAAGUCUCGUGUUCUUUUAUGGAAUUAAAUGAAACGAUCAGCCGGGAUGAAUUAAUGAGUAUUUAAAGUUGAUUGGCUUGAUUCACUGCCGUUAUAUUUCAUAUAAUAAUUUUAUAUAUAUAUAACAAGCUCUGUAUGGUGCUGUCGUCCAAUGAUAUCUGAUAUUUUUGUAAACGAAAACUGUCUGAAUAAAAAGUGUUUUGUUUUAAA